CGCCAUCUUGGCACACCUUUUGACGACGUUGUGUAUGCUGUGUUCUACUCGACAUUUGGCAGAUUUAAAUUUAACGGAGAGACCAACGCAAUUUAAAGAUUCACGUGUAAUGUAACAAGGUCUCGGACAGUAAUAUCGUUUAUCGUAGAAGUUUCCUAAUUGUGUGCUAAAACUUAGGUUAGAUUUGUUUUUUCCCCAAAAUGAGUUCAGACGGCGACAUUCCUAUCCCCCGACUGUGCCAUCUAGUUCGGGGAGAUAAGGGCUACGGGUUCAACUUACACGGCGAAAAGGGGCACCAUGGACAGUUCAUCCGUGCAGUUGAUAAGGAUUCACCAGCUGAAGAGGCAGGCCUCAAACCUGGAGAUCGUGUUAUUGAAGUAAAUAACACAAACAUUGAAAGGGAAAAUCACUCUCAAGUUGUUGCCAGAAUAAGAGCUGGUGGCAAUGAAACUACACUUCUAGUUGUUGACAGAACAGCAGAUGAAUACUACAAAAAAAAAGGAAUAACUGUAAAGCCAGAUAUGGUAAUCACUAGUAAUGCAAAACAGAAUGGCACAGUAGAAGCUGAAGAAAUUAUACAGACCACAACUGUUACAGCAGAAAUUAACGGAGAAGUGAGGAAAGAAGAAAUAGAGGUAGUUGAAUCAGUGCCCCCAGAAGCUGAAGAAUUACCAAUCACUUCGGAAGUUCACAUUAAUAAUACACCAGAACCAGAGAUAGAAUCACCAAGAGAACCAGAGCCAGUUUCUGUGCCAGAACCAGUAGUAGUAGAAGUAACUGCAGUGCCAGAGCCAGAGCCUAUCAGGAAUAUAGUUGAAGAGACACCAGAACCACCCAGAGAACCAGAACCACCCAAAGAACCAGAGCCAGAACCAGCCAGAGAACCUGAUCCACUCAAAGAACCAGAGCCAGAACCGGCCAGAGAACCAGAACCACCCAAAGAACCUGAACCAGAACCACCCAAAGAACCUGAACCAGAACCACCCAAAGAACCAGAGCCUGAACCUACACCAAAAGCAGUACUGGCACCAGAACCAGUCAAGGUGCAGAAUAAAGAAGAGCCUAAAAGAGAAGCGCCUCAACCUCAACAACCAAAGUUGAUGAUUCUACACCAUGCUGACUACCAAGAAACUAUCAUGGGUGAAGAAGUGCCAGAUUUUGUUAAAAAUAGCGUCGUCUAUGAUGCGAGUUCCACAGCGUCGUCUAUGAUGCGAGUUCCACAGCGUCGUCUAUGA